CAUGGAAGUAGACGUUUGCGCAUGCGCAACAGCCUGCACACGUUGUUUUGGUUUGGUGUGAAAUAUCUCCAGAAAUUCGUGUUUAUAUCCGUUUAGGCUGCUUACUGUGUGGUUGUUUCUCAUGUAGUGUCUCUACGUGGACUGUUAGCAGCUGUUGCACAAACCAGACGACACAGUUUGGACAGAAAAGUUUAAAGAAAGCUAACUAACUAGCCUGCUAGCUGCAAGUGGCAGCAUGGCAGCUGUGCUGGAGCUGAUCGCUGGGAGCUACGAGCAGAUCGCGUUUGGUUACCGGGUGAAAACGGACGAGAAAGAAUGGACAGCCAAGCCAAACUUCACACAUCACGCCCACACCGCGUCCAUAUCAGCCGUGGCAGCCAGCGAGAGGUUUGUCGUCACAGGAAGCAAAGACGAGACCAUCCAGCUGUACGACAUGAAGAAGAAGACUGAACACGGAGCUUUGCUGCAUCACAACGGAAGCAUCACCUGCCUGGAGUUUUACGGGUCGUCUCAUUUACUGAGCGGAGGAGAGGAUGGACUUGUGUGCGUGUGGAGCACGAAGAAGUGGGAGUGUCUGAAAUCCAUCAAAGCUCACAAAGGGACUGUCACGUCGCUGUCCGUCCAUCCGUCCGGGAAACUCGCGCUUACAGUCGGGACAGAUAAGACUCUCAGAACAUGGAAUCUAAUUAACGGAAGAUCAGCCUUCAUCAAAAACAUAAAACAGAAUGCUCACAUUGUCCGAUGGUCUCCAGACGGAGAUAAAUACGUGGUUGUGGUGGACGACAAAGUGAUCAUCUACAACCUGGAGACAGCCUCUGUGACAGGAACGAUCACAAACCCCAAGAGGAUCUCAUCUGUUAAGUUCUUAAAUAACUCCAUCCUCGCCGUCGCAGGAGACGAUGAAAUUGUGAGAUUAUGUGACGUGGAAAAAGAGAAAUGGGUGUGUGAGUUCAAGGCUCACGAAACCAGAGUAAAAGCAGUCGACAGUUUCAUUACGGAGGAUUACUGCGUGAUGGUGACGGCUUCAAACGACGGAUUCAUCAAAAUGUGGAAACUUCACCUGAAGGAGGAGCUGGAGUCUCCCACCCUGCUCGGGGAAGUGAACACGACGGCCAGACUGACGUGCCUGGCUGUGUGGAAACCUUCAUCAGUGCAGAAGAUCGCUGAGGAACCAGCAGCCGAGGCAACAACAUCUAAAGAACUCGCCCAGGAGCUUUCGAAGACAAAGAGAGUCCGCAUUGUAGCAGAAGAAGUCAUUCUAGAAGAUGAGAGCAAACCCAAAAAGAAGAAAAAGCGUGCUGGAAAAUAAAAAUGGAAGAUAAUAAAUGUUAUUCAUGGUUCAGUUUCAGUUUUAUAUCUGGACUCACUUGCUUUUUAUGGUUGGAGGUAAAAAAGUACAGAUUCCAAGAGCAGAUUUUAUAAAUAUGUUAGCCGUCAAUGAUGAAAAGGAGAAGAAUUGGAUGGGUAACAAUAAAAAUGUUUUAUAAUCAAUG